AUGAUUCAGUUCUAUUUGCCAGAAGAAACUUUUAUUCUAUUUCACCCCGAUUAUAUCUUAAUAAAAGGUUGCCCGGACAGGAUCCUAGCCGCUAUCGAUGAAUAUAGGAGGGAGAAAGCUUUUCUUAUAAAUAUUGGGACUAAGAAAGAUGUACUUAGAAAGGUAGGAGGUCAAAAGUAUAUCAGCCUUGAAGUUAGUUCUAUCUUUGCCAGUGUCUCCGCUGCUCUAAUCGACCUGGCUGGCUUGGAUGAUAAUAUUAAGAUUAUAGUAGGACCUUAUCGGGACUCACUACGAGCCCUAAGUAAGACAUACCCCGGCUGUAGCCUGGACAUGUUCUUCUUUGACUAUGCCAAGAUUAAGUAUACUAACGACCUCAAACUUUGCGAAGAGCUCGGCUUGGUGUCGCAAGAUACUACCAUUAUUGCCGAUAAUGUCAGCCGGAACUCUGAGUAUCUAGAAUACGUCCGUGCACCGGGCUUAAAGAAGAGGAUGGCAGCAGAUGAAACCAAACGACUGACAUUGUGUUAUGAGUCUGACAUAUUCCUUGGUCGGUUUGAUCUGCGAUAUAAGACGUCCGUGGUUUACAGUAUUAAACCCACUGGAGAGCCCGUUAGUAUUUAUACAUCUAGCAGUCCCGUCAGCGCUAACAGAUUCACAGAAUGCAGUGGAUAUUUUAUAUUGCUUGGGAAGUAG